AUGGGUGACCUUCCUACCGAGCUGCUCUCUGCUAUCGUGAAAGAUCUCCCUGCGCGAGAUCUGCGCCAGCUGCGCGCUACUGACAGGCGAUUGAAGGAGGUCACAGAGCAGGGCGCCUUUCGUCAGAUCACCAUCACGAACACCGUGAAGAGCAUUGGCGGGCUCGUGCAACUACUGAACUCGGACCGUCUGCGCGAGUUCGUAGAAGUCAUUGACUUCAAGGAAAGACCUCGACCUGCGGAACUCGGCGAACUCCGAUAUAUACCCCCUGAUCCUGUGGCGUCUACAGAGGCAGACGAGGGACUCUAUCAGGCGAUACAAACGGCUUUAGCCCAGUUUCAUCGCUUCCCACGCUUAAACACCCUGCGCCUCAUAUUCCGCAAAGUGUACGACAUUCCGUUGUUCCAAGAAGAUGGCUACCAGCCCUUGAACGAACCACCGCCGUCCGCAUCUAUCGACCUCCAGCGGGCAUUAAUUGCAGGGCUGGGGGCCUUUGGCGAGAACUGCGGCAACAUGCCGGUGCAUCAUUUGGCCGUACAAAAUCUUCUGCCAUACGCGCACGAAGCUUUCGCGCAUCCAGGACUCGCCCGGCUCCUCUCAUCUCUGCAUGUGCUCGAGAUUGGGAUCAACGAUGCGAGCGAGGAGGUCGGUGCCUAUGGCGCUGCCAACCUUCCUGUGUUCUAUGAGCAUAGCUUACCACGCAUUCUCCGCGCUGGUCAGGAGCUACGUGAGCUCACGCUUGCUCCGCGCGCAAUAUACAUCGGAAUCGAGUUCUCGCUCAACUUCAGCGGUUUGACCAUCCCGCAUCUCGAGAAGGUUUCUCUUGCGCGGGUCUCAUUCAAAGAGACUGAUCCCACUGGGCCAGAACACUUCAUAAUCCGACAUGCAGGAGCGUUGCGUUCGCUGGAGUUGAUCUAUUGUACUAUCCAUAAGUACGAGGACGAGCUGGUGAUAGACCGCCCUUGGGCCGCGACGUGGAACCUAUUCGCGGAGGAGCUCAAGCUCUUGACAAAACUGCGCGUUGAGUGGGAAGGGUCCUCUGGCGAACACACGCAGCUCGGCUACUGUUCGGAGGAGCCUGGGGUUAGUUGGGGCCCUAGCAAUCAUUACCCGAUUGAUGGUGUUGAAGGGGAUGCAGCUGCGCUGGAUGCUUUCGCUGAGAUUGUGAAGGCCAGAGAUGGUGGUGAGGUGACCAUACUCGCGACUAUUCCUGAUCGUGAUAGCGACGUAGAUGAGGAUGAGGACGAGAAUGAGGGAGAAGACGGAGAAGACGGAGAAAGCGACGAAGAAGAGGAAGAUUCGGAGUAA